UGGCUUCCCCCGGCCAGUGCACCUCCGGCGGUCUGCCGAGUCGAGUGCACGCCGCUCCUCUGCGGUACUUCUAACUUCACCGGCGUUUGCGUCUUCUGCCCCAUGGAGCUAAUACUCUUCGUGGGAGCGGCCGCGGUUGUGGGCCUGGCCGCACUGGCGCUGUACCGGAGGUGGACUUUCUGCAGGGCAGUCGACAAGAUUCCCGGCCCUCUGGCGUUCCCGCUGAUAGGGACUACGUACAUAGCGUUCCUCGUCGAAAGGCAAGACAGACUUCGUGUCUUCGACAAGGUGACGAAACAAUACUGGCCGAUAUUCCGCGGCUGGAUGGGUCCGAGUGCCUCAAUAAACGUCAGUAAACCAGAGCAUAUCGAGAAAAUCCUGGCGAGCAGCGAACUUAUCAGCAAGGCAGCCAAUUACCGCUUCCUGUUCCCCUGGCUCGGAGAAGGCCUGCUGACAAGUGCUGGUCAGAAGUGGUUCUCACACCGAAAGAUGAUUACGCCAGCUUUUCACUUCAAGAUCCUAGAUAAUUUCGUGGACAUAUUUGGAGAGAAUUCACAAAUACUGGUCGAGAAGUUGAAGAGCAAAUCGGACGAGCAUGCCUUUGACAUCUAUCCAUACAUCACGCGUUGUGCCCUGGAUAUCAUUUGUGAGACGGCCAUGGGAACGUCUGUCAAUGCCCAGAAUGAAACCGGAUCAGAAUAUGUGUCAGCAGUGUACAACAUUAGCGCUCUCACCAUAAAAAGGAUAGUGCGACCAUGGAUUCACAGCGACUUCAUCUUUCAGAGAACUAGUACCGGGAGAGAAUACUACAAACACUUGGACGUUAUACACAGCUUCACGAAGAAGGUCAUUAAACAAAGGCAAUUAUCGCGGAAGUUGAAAGAGGGUGUGACCAAAGACGCACUCGUGGACGACAUUGGUCGAAAACGACGUUUGGCAUUCUUGGACCUCCUACUAGACGCUUCCGAGAAUGGACAGAAACUUAGUGACCAAGAAAUACAGGAAGAGGUCGAUACAUUCAUGUUUGAGGGUCAUGACACGACUUCAGUUGCCAUGUGUUGGGCUCUUCUUCUUCUGGGACACCAUCAGAACGUCCAGGACAAAGUUUACUCGGAACUCCACGGUAUAUUCGGACAUGACAAAGAUCGCCUUCCAACGUUGCAAGAUCUUAACAGUAUGAAAUACCUUGAGAUGGUCAUCAAGGAGACGCUACGCCUAUAUCCCAGUGUGCCGUUUAUCGGGAGGAAGGUCACCAAAGAUAUCGAAAUAGGCGGCUACGCUGUGCCGGAGGGCGCCAUGCUGAACCUGCACAUCUACCACGCCCACCGCGACCCCGACCACUGGCCGGACCCGGACCGCUUCGACCCGGACAACUUCCUGCCGGAGAGGGUGCAGGGCAGGCACCCUUACGCCUACGUGCCCUUCAGUGCCGGGCCUCGCAACUGUAUAGGGCAGCGUUUCGCCAUCCUUGAAGAGAAGACAGUGCUGUCGCAGAUUCUGCGCAACUACCACGUGCAAACCUUGGAUACCCCAGAGGACACCAAGGUCGCCAUAGAGCUGAUCCUGAAGCCUGUUGAAGGGAUAGUGGUACGCCUGACGCCGAGGUAGCAACGAGAGAAGCUGCUCGUAAUUACCUUAUUCUCGAGGCACACUUUUCAAAAGCCUUGAAUAAACAUUCUUAGUUCCUAUGACUUUGUAACACAGGCGUUACCACCACCUUAGCAGACACCGUGGUACUGCAUCGUGUAGUGCAUCCCUACGUAAGCUGCAGAGGGCGUCUAUGCUCAACCGCUGGUCCUCCACCCUUCGCUCCACACAUUAUGGAACAUUACUGAACUGUUCAGACCAUCAUGUUUCACACAACAUUCUUCUGGUGUCAGUAAGAGGUUUCUGUAGACGGCAGAAUGUUUCAUGGGCAGUUGCCGAACUGUAAUAUAGGUGUGUCUGCACCCCACCGACAGUACUUCGUAUGCUAUCGAGGACUCGUUACAUAGUAACAUUUUCAUUAUGAUUCAUCUUGUUUAUCAUUCCAGUUACCUUUAUUGCUACACAUAUAUUUUCAUGGCCGUGAAAAAUCCUGUAAUAUGGAAUGAACAAGAUAUACAGGGCGAGUCACGUAAGACAUAACACCCCUUUUAUUGCGUGAACAGUUCCAGAUAUCUAAACGAUGUUUCCUGCAAAUGGUAGUACGCUAGCGGCCAGCCACUUCGGUAUGUGAUGAAAAGUCUUAACUUUUGUAUCGAUCGAAAUACUGAAGCAAGUAUAUUUUCUUUAAUGGAAUCAUAUGCUUUUCAUAACAACAUUCAGUAGCUCUUACAAAGACUAUUACAGUGAUAUAGCGCUUGUUAGUGUUGACGUUGUAACCUUUCGGGGAAGAAUCCUAGAAAUGUACUAAAACUGGUAAGCAAAUGCCGCCCGAGUCCGCCAAACAGAGCGCUCACGCCAGGUUUCGCCGUUACAUAUGGCAAGACAGGCGUAAGCUACUAAGAUAAAAUCUCAUACAUAAAGGGUCAGCUAAGAUUUAUAUUUAUGGAUGUACACCAUGUGCUAGUUUCUGGAGCUUCAGAUGGAUCUUUUUUUAGAAACAGCUACAAUUGUGUGCAUUUAAGCCCUCGCGGUUGCUGCUUGUUUGUUGAAGCCGAAACAGAAACGUCGGUUUUGAAACUUCUAAACAGCCCUAUUCACAGGAAAAAGAAACAACUGUAUAAACUUUCUUAGAUUUGAAAAUAACAAAAAUAAUGCUUGACCUGUCUUUCCCUGGAGACGCCUGAAUGAUUCUUAAAGGUAAAACACCGACUACCGGACACGUGUGUCUAUAGAUACUACGCGAAACUGUAACUACGCGGAAUAUCGUUUAAAUAAAGUAAACAUUUUAUCCAGACUGACUGACGAUGUGUCUCUGCAAACCAAAUACUUUUCUUUAAAAAAAAGACGUAGUUUUACACUUAAGCAUGUGCUCCAGUUGUUUACAAUUAACUAAAAGGCACAUUUGCAGUCGCCGUUCGAAAGAGAGAUGAACGGAUGAAAGAACAUUGGAUGAUAUGCCGCUGCACGCUGUUGAGAUUUGACUGCGCGUAUCGCCUGGCGGAGUUGGGUCUUCGUGACAGACUGCAUCCUUCAGUGCUCUCCAUAGUUAUAAAGCAAACGGAGCCAAGUCAGGGGACCUUGCCGGCCAUUAUACUGUAGCAUUCCGUCCUAUCCAACGAGUAGGAAACUUUUCAUUCAGUGUUUGCGAUGAACACUCGAAGAGCGAGCUAGGCAGCCGUUGUGUUGGAAUCACACACACUCGCUUAUCCAGUGCUACGCAUUCUAGAAGAAAGGGUAGAAAGUAAGGAAGUGUGAGUAAGUAUUCCCAUUUAACAAUUCUAGGAUGAAUUAUGGUCCCUCAAUGGAAUUUCCUAGGAUGCUGCGCCCUACGUUUACUCUCCACGGCCAUUUGUGUACAUCAUCAGGCCAGCGUGGAUUUUCCGCUGCCGAGUAGUUCUUGUUACUUAAAUUUACAGUACCGUUGUUCGUAAAAGUUGCCUUGUCGAUAAAGAGCACACAUUAGAAAAACGUAGAGUCGCCUCCUAGACGCUGCAGAGCAAACUGACUAAAUUGUAGCAGAGGUUGAAAAUACCGCUGUGACCCCCGAGCACCAAGUUACGACACCUGAAGAUGGGCGUAUAAGAGCCCGACACCGGUCGUGUGAUAAUAAAGGAGCUUCACAGCUGUAGCGGUAUUGUGAACCUCUGACAGUACAGUUGCGGAUGUUUCUCCAACAGGAUUGUUGGUCUGACUAAGUUCUAUACAACGUUCGAAGUCACUACCUCAGAGUGCCUGAUGUAGUAACAGAUGAUAACGGGGAAUUCGUGUCGAUGCAGGAUGGGAAUGACACCCUUGUCUGGCUAAUCCCACAUUCCUUGGCAAUACGUCUCCUGCCACCAUGCGUACUGAGCAGCGCCGUAGCCAGAGCAUCUUCAUGUGCUGUGUCAGUUGUGGUCUUCGACCUCGCCUUCUGACGUGGAAGCUGCCUAUUGGCACUAGUGACCUAAUAAUAGGUGCAAGUACCUGGCGCGACGGACAGCGACAAAUAGGGUACACAUCCGCAUACCACCGGACAGUUUCGACACGAUUUCUUUGGUAUUCGCCUUACGAAAGAAUGCCUAUCGUCCCCUCAUUGGUGCACAUGUCUGCAUGCAAGGAAUGUUGAAGCAGAAAUGACCUGCCGAUAUACGACACAGUUCCUGGUAGUUCUGCAGUGCAGACAAUAAGCAGUCGAAAGGGCUUCUACAGCGAUGUAGCGUGGCAUGAGCGUUUUUACAACUGAAGCCCACGAGAAGAGUAGGCCGUGGCGCGUACCUCACAGCGCGUGACACUGCAGGUCUUACGAGAGCCAGUAGCCGUCUCCGACUUGGAGCGAGUAACUGUUUUAGGCGACUUUAAUAAUUCUUGACUGCGUGUUUAAAUUCACACGAGCUCUCGAUAGCACACUACAAAAUUAAGACCUUUACUGGGUACUUAAUAACAUAUUGAUUCCUUUGGCUCUUGCGCGGAACCGGGCGUUUCCGAUGUGUGGUGGACAAGUCGACUGGUGUCACGCCACAAGUUCGUUGCGAGGCCCAUAUAUCUCGUUGGCCCCGUUUAAAACGCAACAGCCGAUUCCGGCGGACUUGCCUUUCAAAUGGUUCAAAUGGCUCUAAGCACUAUGGGACUUAACAUCUGAGGCCAUCAGUCACCUAGACUUAGAACUAUUUAAACCUGACUUAACCCAAGGACAUCACACACAUCCAUACCCGAGGCAGGAUUCGAACCUGCGACCGUAGCAACAGCGUGGUUUCGGACUGAAGUGCCUAGAACCGCUCGGUCACAUGGCCGGCCAUACUUGCCUUUCAGUUUAAAAAUAUUUCGUGGAUUCUUUUGCGAAGAGUAAGAUCUCUCCAAGCGCUUUCGAAUGCCACUAAAGAAAGUAAACAUUAUAUUUAAAAAACUUGUACAUACUUCAGUAUCUUGAUCGCUAGAAGAGUUAAGACUCUUUAUCGCAUAGCAAAGGACGUGCCCCUUUGCGUGUUAUCGUCUGCCGAAAAGCUCGUUUCGAUAUCUGGAACCGUUCGCAAAACAAAAGGAGUAUCACAUUUUACGUGCUGUUGCUACUGGAACAGCUGAGCAUCGCCACAUUUUGCCCCUCUUCCAUAUGCGACGUUUUAUUGGCCUACUCAUCGUCUGUAAACCUGUCUGUACUGAAGUGUAAUACUGUUAAGGUACAACUAGCACUGUCGGAAAAGCAAAGCCAAGCAUCACUGCGUACAAACUUGGGUGGAGAAAAGUAAAGUGAACUUUAAUGUUGUUAGGAAAAAGUACCGUGCGUGAGUGGACCAAGUUGCAUUCUAAGCAAGAUGCACAGUGCAUAGCAUCGACAUCUGCAAUCUUCUUCUUGUUCCUUACCUUUGUUCGUUUCCCUACGGGGUCUGCAUUGUUAUAUGGUGUUAAGUGGGGGGGGAGGGGGAACAUUCAUAAAAAUCACAAACUAUUUAAAAUAUGUACCAAACCCACAAUUUUGAAGACACGACAAUGAAAUUUUCUACCAUGCUUAACAUGAAAGUAACAUAUUUAUUGUUAAGUUCUUUGGAUUAAAUAUAUUUAACUUUUCAUGGAAUUUCAAAACUUAAUUUUCAAGAAAAAUGUGUAUAUAUUUUUCUCAGAAACUACUCAAAAAAUUCCUAAAAAUUUUUAUCUGUUUAAUCUCUUUGUUUAUAGCAGGAAUAGAUAGCGUAUGUAUGUUCAAGCACAGCCACGGCCGGGGGCCCUCGUGCUCUUAUCAGUGAUGUCAGAAUGACGUCAUAUGAUGACGUUAUUGAUAAGAGUGCUGAAGUGUCUUAUUGGUGACGUCAUCAGGUGACGUCAUGUCAUAACGGUCUUGAUGUAUGUUAUCUGUAACGUCAUUGAAUGUCGUCGUGGUUUUACUUGACGUUGCAAGUUGUACCAUGUUUUUUCCUGUAGCUUAUGGACUUACGUUUCAAUUUCUGUUAAGAGUAAAAAAUUAGUAAUUUUCAGUGAUGUGACGCUAUAGCCCUAUGGUUUGUACCAUUGAUAACAUCCAUUUUUGUUUUGCUGUAUGCAUUCUAGACUUGAGGCUAAGAUUUUAAUAUUUUGAUUUUGUUUUAGAGGGGUCAUUGCUUUAAACUCUCUCUCUGUUCCUCUCUCUAACGCGCCCCCCCCCCCCCCACACACACACACAAACACACACACACAAUGAUAAGGUAAUAAAGAAGUAACUUUUUUACUUU